AAAUCUGUGUGCUACAUUUGGUAGGAACGGCAGCUGCGCACGAAGACUUUUUUCCUUCUGAAAAAAUAUCAACACGACAUAACGUAUCUUCAUCAGCUGCCAUCCGAGGCGCUUGCGCAUCUUCUGACGUUUUCCUUCAUUAAUCUAAUAGGUCUGUAACAAAGGUUUCACCGCUAAUAAGCAUAUAGAGAGUGAUAAGUAUCGGGAAUAUCGGUCUUAUUACAGUGACUAUAACUAUUGAUCCGGGAUCUUGGUCGAUGACAACAACGGAGAAAAAAAUCCAUAGCAGCAGACUCAGGUGACGACGAGAGAGGACGCAGGAACCGCUUAGAUUUCACCGCUAAAAACUCCCGUGUAGCCGUCCUAAUUCACCAAAAUGACGGGUCUCGCAUAGCCCUGUUCUUCCGAUUUCCGUCGGGUACAAACCGAGGUGUCCGCCUAGCGCGCGCCGGCGAGAUUUUUGGCGCGGGGUGCUCACGAGUCUGCGAAAGAGAGUCUUGCUAUUGGAGAAGCGCAAUCGUAGGCAUCAGCCAAUCCAUAGCGCGUGUGCGAGGCACGAUGUACAGCAGCCAGCUGCUCUGGUGUCUUAAGUAAUGAUGAAGGGAUUUUAUUUACUAAUAUACACGGUGACGGAUGCAAUUUUAUGAAGCAUGUGUGAAGAUUUAAUUCAGAUUUUUUUUCUGAUGGAUAUAUAAAUUUUAUUCGAGGAGUGAUAUAUAUGUAUUUUGAAUUGUGUGUGUGAUUCCUAAUUAAUAAUUAAUUAAGUAGUUCUCUGAAUCUACCGCUGUUGUUCACAGCCCUUUUUACUAAGUGACCAGAAUGAGACAAAGUGAUCGACUUAUUCUAGAGUAUGGCGGAUGAGGCGGUGAGCGAUGCCGCGAUCUCUUCUCCGGAAGUGGCGGCGGUUGGCGGCGACAAGCAGACGACGGCGACGACAGAGCCGGAGAAGAAGGUGACCAUGGCCCGACUCAACUUCUCUGAGGAGUGCGGGGGAGAUGGGGAAGAGGAGGAGGGGGAGGGGUCGGACUCGGAUAGCCCGGAGGACGAGGAGGAGUUACUGUUCCCGGGAUUCGUGGCCAAGUCCCUCCGAUGUCUCCCCCAGACCAACAAACUGCGCUUCAUCUGCCUCAAAAUCAUCACUUGGACGUGGUUUGAGAGGAUAAGUAUGGCGGUCAUCCUCCUGAACUGCAUCACCCUGGGGAUGUACCAGCCCUGCAGUGACCUGGAGUGCACCACCACCCGCUGCAAGAUCCUCGAGAAAUUCGACCACUUCAUCUUCGCUUUCUUCGCGGCGGAAAUGAUUAUCAAAAUCAUUGCCAUGGGACUGUAUGGGAAAUACACCUAUCUAGAUGAUUCCUGGAACCGAUUAGAUUGCUUUAUUGUGAUAGCCGGCGUUGCAGAUUAUGUGCUUGUUCACAAAGCCAUCGAGUAUGGAGUGGACAGUGAAAACCUCAGUCUUUCAGCAAUAAGAACCAUUCGAGUCUUGCGGCCGUUGCGUGCUAUAAAUAGAAUUCCAAGUAUGCGGAUCCUGGUGAUGCUGCUGCUGGAUACACUACCAAUGUUAUGGAAUGUCCUUCUGUUGUGCUUCUUUGUUUUCUUUAUUUUUGGAAUAAUUGGAGUUCAGCUGUGGGCGGGAGUUCUACGGAACAGGUGCUUCCUUAGCAUCAAUGAAAAUAUCUCAUACUCUUAUGCAAAUCUUAGUCCUUACUAUGUUCCAAAGAAGAUCGGCAGUAUGCCUCCAGGAGACUUCAUCUGUAGCAAAGAGUCUGAGUCGGGAAUGAGGUACUGUUCCGGCCUGCCACGGUUUGAAUACGAGGGCAUCAAAUGUAAUGCCUCGGCACGGCUCUACAGCAAUAACACCCCGACAAACGACUCCUGUGUCAACUGGAACCAGUACUACACAAACUGCACGGCAGGCGACAAAAACCCGUUUCAGGGCGGAGUCUCGUUUGACAACAUCGGACUGGCGUGGGUCGCUAUAUUUCAGGUGAUCAGUUUGGAGAGCUGGGUCAACAUCAUGUAUUACGUACAGGACGCCCACUCCUUCUGGGACUGGAUCUACUUCGUAGCUUUAAUUGUGAUUGGGUCAUUCUUCAUGAUAAACCUGUGUCUGGUGGUGAUAGCAACACAAUUCUCAGAGACAAAGAAACGGGAGACAGAGCGAAUGAUGCAGGAACGGAAACGAUUUCAGUCAUCCAGUACUCUGGCCAGCAACUCUGAGCCCGGAGGAUGUUACGCGGAAAUCCUCAAAUAUUUAGCUCACUUGUGGCGUCGUGCAAAACGAAAAGUUCUGAAAGCUUACUACAAUGCUAGAGGCAAAACUCACAAGAACAGAAAGGUCAAACCCGAACUUUCACUCAGACGCAAACGUCAUAAAGGUACUUCCUCUUCCUGCUCCCACAAACGCCCCCAGAGUCGCUCCUCCUGCCCUUCCUGUAGGUACAACUACUACUACCAGCUAAUCAGCGCAAAUGAAAAUCUCUACGCUCAACCAGAUGAGUUUCAUCGCAACAGUGUCAGAAACCUACGCAGAAACAGUAGCCCUCUAGCCCCCCGCGCAAGCCCCGAAAUGUCAGACCUGGAGUCUAUAUCUUCUCCCCGCCGCUCAAACUUCUUGACCGUGCCUAACUCUCUCCACCCCACCUCUUUUGACUCUCUGCACUCUCUCUCUGUAAGCAGCACUUCUGAUAACCUCUCUUCUUCACUGCCAAAAUAUCGUGGCUCUUCUAAUCACCUGGCUGCUCCAACAUCGCAUGCAAGCAUUAGUAGGGCUUCUUCCUUCAAUAGUUCUAGUCGCCGACACCUGCCGUCUCUUCCAGAGUCUCUAACCAUGCAUCAGGUGGGCUGCCCCUCGCACGGCUCGUGUCAUAAGCUAGCGGCCAAUUCAUUGCUCCAUGUGGAUAGUGGUAGUCGUGUUAGGAUACGCCAUGCUAGCACUAGGUCUGAAAUUCCAGAGGACCUGUUAGAUGCCAUAAAUGACAAACAGAUUCAGAACUUGGUAAACAGUAUAGAGAAGCGAGGGAGCGGCCCAAGGUGUGUUCACGUCAGCCACGAUGUUCCGGACUCGGACGACUCCGAGUCCAAAGAUUCUGAUGAUCGACCAAAAACAAUUUGUGGCAUGCUUGCAGCUUGCAAGAAGAACUUCCAGCAAGUGAUGAAGACGUUGGUCGAGCACCGGUUUUUCCAGCGUGGAAUUUUAACAGCGAUUCUGAUCAACACCUUGAGUAUGAGUGUAGAAUACCACAACCAGCCAAGAGAGUUGACAGAAGCAGUGGAGUACAGCAAUAUGGUCUUCUCAAUACUCUUCGCUGUGGAAAUGUUCUUCAAGCUUUGUGCUUAUGGAAUCAUCGGCUACAUUCAAGAUGGAUUCAAUGUCUUUGAUGGUUUAAUUGUAAUACUGAGUAUGAUAGAGUUCACACAGCAAGGUGGCGCCAGCGGUCUCUCUGUUCUGCGGACUUUCCGACUGCUACGGAUACUUAAACUUGUGCGUUUCAUGCCAGCACUCCGCAGACAACUGGUUGUGAUGCUGAGAACAAUGGACAAUGUUGCCACUUUCUUUGCCUUAUUAGUUUUGUUUAUCUUCAUAUUCAGUGUACUGGGCAUGAAUCUGUUUGGUGGCAAAUUUUGUUGGCGUGGCAACGGUACUCUCUGCACAUGUUUGGAUGCCCUUGACCCUGCCAUGGACUGCCAAUGUGAACGGGCCAAUUUUAACUCUCUGUUGUGGUCAGUGGUCACAGUUUUCCAGGUGCUAACACAAGAGGACUGGAAUACUGUCCUGUACAACGGCAUGGAAACCACCUCCUCCUGGGCGUCUCUCUACUUCAUUGCCCUCAUGACCUUGGGGAACUACGUCCUCUUUAACCUUCUGGUAGCCAUCUUGGUGGAAGGAUUCUCUACAGAGGAGGAAGAAAAAAGGAAGAUGAAGUUAGGAAACAAGGACAGGGAGCACCAGAGCCUCUUGUCCGAGACGAACAAUAACGAGGAGAAGAGUGAGAACAUCAAGCUCAAGUCCCUGGAUCUGGUUCAAGGAAAAAUCAACAACACAGAGCGGGCCAAACUGUUAGAAGUGGCCUCCCAAACACCAACAGCCAAAGAUGACAAUGCCAAAACAUCACCUCCAGUGACCCAGUCAGAUCUGAACCCCCCAAUCAUCACCCACACUGCAGCCACCCCCAUGCCCACCCCCCAGGGCUCCCCUAAUGACCACGGUCCCAAGGAGUGCAACAAGGUCACAUUGUGUGUUCAUCCACCCGUGGAGAUGAGUACUCUGUCCGUGAGAUCUUCCUCUACUAACUCCAGUAUACGUGCGUCCCCACGACUUUCACCUCGCCUCUCUCCCAGAAUAUCCCCGCGACCCUCUCCCUGCCUCUCCCCCUGCCUCCGCCGAUCCCUGAGCUCAGGUAGCCGUAGCAACAGCUGGAAGCGCCGACGGUCACAGGAUGGAGACAGGAAGUGCCUGGUCCCGGAGUGUAAGAUCGACAGCAUGGACACAGACGAUGACGAUGUGUUCCAACCCAACUGUCCAACGCCAAAUAGGAGUGACUGCAAUGGCCAUCUCCCCUUAAACAACCAAAGAACUCUGAGCCCCCAGAACUCCAUCAAGCGACCGGUCCCCUCCCCCAGGAACUCCUUCAAAAUCCGCAAUAAUUCCUGCAGCAGCAGUCAAAGCAACUGUAACUCCAUCAUACUGAGUCGACAGAACUCAUUCAACAGUCGCCGGACACUGAACUCGCUGUCGUCCAUGAGUGCGGUGCUGAAGGAGGAAGUGAAACAGAAUAACCUGAUGGAGGGGACCACCUCCCCCACCCAGGUGGAAGUGGGGAUGGGGGCAGAAGAGGAAGAGGAGGACCCUGAUGCUAUUGAUGAAACGAACUGUACAUGCUCCUGGUGUCCCGAGCCCCACGGCUGCUUCAAGACCCGCCACGAGUACGCCCUGUACCUACUCCACCCCAACAACCGCCUGCGAAGGGUCUGCCACCACCUGAUGGCCCAGCGGUGGUUUGACAACACGGUGCUGUUCUUCAUCGCUCUGAACUGUAUCACCCUUGCUAUGGAGCGGCCCAAUAUUCCACCUGACAGUGUUGAGAGAGAGUUCCUGAAUUACUCCAACUACGUCUUCACCUUUGUGUUCUCUGUGGAAAUGAUGAUCAAGGUGUUAGCAAAGGGCCUGGUGAUCGGACAACAUGCGUACCUGAAGAGUGGCUGGAACGUGAUGGACGGCUUUCUGGUCGGGAUCUCCCUGGUGGACAUCCUUAUCUCUCUCUCCGCCGACAGCAGUCCUCGGAUAUUUGGAAUUUUACGUGUCUUUAGGCUCUUACGAACACUACGACCUCUUAGGGUCAUCAGCAGGGCACCUGGGCUUAAGCUCGUUGUACAAACUCUGCUCUCCUCGCUCCGGCCAAUCGGAAACAUCGUCAUCAUUUGCUGCACAUUCUUCAUCAUUUUUGGCAUUCUUGGAGUACAGUUGUUCAAGGGUACAUUCUACUACUGUAAGGGCCCCACUGUACGAAAUAUCAAAAACAAGACACAGUGCUUAAUGGACAACAAGAAAAAUGUCUGGAUCAACCAGAAAUACAACUUUGAUGAUCUUGGACAGGCUCUAAUGGCGUUGUUUGUGCUGGCCUCCAAGGACGGCUGGGUCAGUAUCAUGUACACUGGUCUGGAUGCUGUCGGAAUUGACCAGCAGCCCAUAGAAAACUACAACGAGUGGAGAUUAAUAUACUUCAUUUCAUUCCUUCUUCUGGUCGGAUUCUUUGUCCUUAACAUGUUUGUGGGUGUAGUCGUGGAAAACUUCCACAAAUGUCGGCAAGAUCAGGAAAAAGAGGAGAGAGAGCGGCGCACCGCAAAACGGAGAUACAAGAUGGAGCAGAAAAAAAUGAGUGAGCGUAAACUGGAGUCAGAGCUGAAUAGGCCGCCUUACUGGGCCGAGUACUCACCAAGCCGACUUAUCAUUCACCAGGUCGUCAACAGCAAGUACUUUGACCUUGCUAUUGCUGGUGUCAUAGGGUUAAAUGUCAUCACCAUGGCGAUGGAGUACUAUAUGAUGCCUGAGGAGCUGGAGUUUGCAUUGAAGAUUUUCAACUACUUCUUUACAAGUGUUUUUAUCAUUGAGGCCACACUAAAGAUCUUGGCCCUUGGCUUCAUGCGUUAUAUCAAGGACAGGUGGAACCAGCUGGAUAUCUUUAUUGUGAUCCUUUCCAUUGUUGGAAUAAUUCUGGAGGAGAUGAAAACUAAUGUCAUUCCAAUUAAUCCUACCAUUAUUAGGGUCAUGAGGGUACUCAGAAUCGCUAGAGUGUUAAAGUUACUGAAGAUGGCGAAGGGAAUACGAGCCUUGCUGGACACCGUGAUUCAGGCGUUGCCGCAGGUCGGCAAUCUUGGGCUCCUCUUCUUUCUUCUCUUCUUCAUCUUUGCUGCUCUUGGAGUUGAGCUCUUUGGCAGACUAGAGUGCUCUGAGGCGCACCCUUGUGAGGGGUUGGGGGAGCACGCCCACUUCAGGGACUUUGCGAUGGCCUUUCUCACACUGUUCCGAGUGGCCACAGGGGAUAACUGGAAUGGAAUAAUGAAGGACACACUGCGUGAUGACUGUGAUGCCUCAGAAAAAUGUCUGACCAAUUGCUGCGUCAGCUCGUUCAUCGCCCCGGUCUUCUUCGUGGUGUUCGUUCUGAUGGCGCAGUUCGUCCUCGUGAACGUGGUGGUGGCAGUCCUGAUGAAGCAUCUGGAGGAAACGUACAAACAUAAGGAGAUAGAUGACGAACUCGAGGCAGCGUUCAAAAUGGAGUGUAGCGUCAAUAAUGAGAUGCUACGAUUGGCCGUGAAGGAAUCACACCGAUUUUUGGAUGAUGAUGGCGGAAAUGCAGAGGAAAACAAAAUGGAUGAGGUGGGUGAUGGUGGAGAUGAGGAGGAUGGAAAUUCAGUCAAGAAAGAAGAAGAGCAGAUGCUGCCCUCAAUAGUUGGAACACCACGACCUCCAUUCUCACGCAGACUACGAACUCCCGUCUGUAAGCAGAUUUCAUUACCUCCAAGUUUUACCUUCCGACCGCCCAGUAACGAACCUCCGUAUGAAGAUGAUCAAGGUCGUCUGGUACCAGUGGACAUCACUAUCUCUAACUAUGGUAGCUCUAUGGAAGUCAGCUUGGAUAUGUCCGGAUCCAGUCUGGAUGCUCCCCCCUCCCCUUACUCCUCCAGUUAUUCAGAUAAUUCCAGCUAUGUGGAUACCACUAUUGAUGAAAAUACACUAGGCAUUCCACGCAUUGCAGAAGAACCUCGUAGAAAAUCUACCAGUCCACAACAGAAACAACGAUUACGGGACAGAAAACUUGUGCGACAGAAAAGCUGUGAGUACGAGAGUCCCCCAGCUACAGCUCACGUGGAGCCGCUACAAACACAGAAUAUAUCUGAGUGUAAGGCAGCGGCCUGUGAUAACCCCGUGUCCCUAUCACAACCCACUCUUAACAAAAACCUUUAUGAUGGGGAGGAAGGCUCAAAAGUGAACAAAUCUCACAACCCCAUCAUAAAACUCAAGUGUCUACAUCGUAGUCAGAGUAGUGGGUCUGAGAAAGUGAGAUUGAGAGAGAAGCACAUUGCAGGUGCUCGAGUCCAACUGAGACCUACGACUCUACAUGCUUUAGUUACAGCUUUAUCAAACUACUCUCAUGAACAAAGCACUCUUGCAUUGCCAAGCACGCAGGUGACACAUAACUCACCUGUGAUCUGUAAGAAAAAACUAAGUCAACAGCGUCGUUGUGAGGGACAUCAUGGAUACUCCCUAAACCCCAGCCUCCCUCGCUCUAACGUAAGUUCCAAACACAGUCUGCCUCAGGUCCAGAGGAGUAGUACAUGUGAGUCUGACUCGUACGAACUCUCUGGUCCAGAUUGGGCUGCAGAAGAAGCAGCGUGCGAUGAAGAAGUUCGCCUCAUCACAGGUGAUAGUACAGACCACGACGACAUCGAUGAGCUCGCGUGUGAGGAUGAGGUCACGGAGAGUUGUCCACUGGUCACAGAACGCUGCACUGACCCUCAUCUGGAUCACAGCCGCACAGAAAAUUCCAGCGUGUCUCAAGAUACAUUGGUCGGUGAUGAUCGACCAUCUAGAACUCCAAGGAAAAGUGAGGUGUGUGGUAGUGUCAAGUAUGAGCGAGUCCCCUCCCCCCCAUCCUCUUCCUCCCCCGCUCUGACCUCAGUGCCUUCCCAAGACCCCCAAAUAGUUGUUUUAGAGGACCCCCGUUCCGUUGAUGAGAAAACUCGUAAAAUCAGUCUGAAUGAGAGCCAGAAUAGUGAUACAGAUUUGUCAGGGGGAGAAUACCCCUACGACUCUGAAGUCAUGGAGCCCAUGUCGGAGAACUCAGGGGAGGCAACUCUGGCUGCCAUCAGUGGGAGUGCUUGUCUCAGUGUCCCUGGGAUGACAUUGGACGAUUCAUGUGUCAGGAGACGGACCCCCAAUCUAUUCCAGCCAAGCAGCGAAUCCUGACAAUGCACAAACUGUGAUCCGAGACUCUGUGGCUCAGGGUUAUGGGACUUUAAUGAGUGAGGUAUAUGCCCUCCUGGAGAGGGCAGCACCAUCUGUAGGCCUGGGUUUGUGGGUGAGGGAGUACUUGGUUUUGUGUUUGAACUGCUCUCUGUGUGACUUGCCUGUCUAACAGUGCAGAUGUUUGUGUAGAGUUUUAAUUUUCAUUUGUUAUCUGUUUUAUUCCAAGUCAUUCUGAAUGAAGAAAAGUGUUUUGUGAUGUAGAAUUCUCAAGUUUCAUGCUUAAGUGAUGCCACAUGUAAAAAAAAAUGUUAUUCAAAAGAAACAACAAAAAAAGCCAAAUCCAGCAAUUGUUGACUUACCAAUGCAACCCGAUAUAAAUGAGAGGAGAGAGCUUAAUUAUUGAUGCCAAAUUUGUGUUUGAGUGAUAGCGAUACGAGUAGCCACAUAUCAUAUUUCCCACGUAUCAUAAGCUUCAUAUCAUGAGUAGCAUCAAAGCACAGGUGUAGAAGAUAGUUAGCACCCUAUACCCCAGGCAAUCAGGUUUAUACAUGUUCAAUGCUGAAUCGAUUUCAGUUCAUCCCUCUGUUUUUAAAAAGAAAUUUCAAGCCAUUCUGUGUUUGUAAUAAGUUUAACAACUACAGCAUUUUCUCCUUUAAAGCUAAUGAAUGCAUUCUCUUUUAAAGCUAAUGAAUGCAUUUCUGUUACUCAGAUGUGGAUUAUAAAGGGUAAUUUGGUUAAUUGUUUCGUACAAAUUCAGUGAUAUGUAAUUAGAAAAAAUAUUUGUUACAAUUAUAUAGAAAUGACUCUAUCAGAGAUAUAGCUUAUUAAUAAUUAAUAUAUUUGUAUAUUAUACAUGUUAUUAGUAUAUCUUUGAAACAUAUGGGUCAAGUGCAAUAUUUUAUAAUACAUGUUUAAAGAUCCAUAAUAACUUGAUUGUGAUAUUUUUUGUCAACGAAGAUGGUAGAUGCCAUAUGAAGAAGACUUUUUACAGGGAUAUAGCGAAGGUUGUUUGACAUCUCCCUUUGUGGGUGGAGUGUAUGAUAAAAUGUCUACAGAUUACCAAGUUUAUACACAGCAAACUGUCUCAAGAGUUUACAAAAUCCAGAUCUUGACUGGUAACAAGAACAAUGUUCAUUGCUCUUCUUUCUUCUGAGGAAGUUGUCGAUCUUCAUCCUUGGCAGGUGAAGAUUUUAGUGUCCAAUAAAUGAUGAUACUUUGUGUAUGAAGAUGUUUCAUCUCUUUCCUGUUAUGAUACUUUUAAUUUGAAAGCAUUUGAUUUUUCACAAUUUGUCCAUCACUGACCACAAUAGUUUUUGCUUAGCUUGAUUCUGGAGACAUUUGUUACAUCUACAAGUAUCCCCUUACUGGUAACAAUCUUCUGUUAUUACAUUAAUUGCAUCUUAGCAGAUUUUAGAUUUAAAAAAAACGAUAUAUUUUUAUUUGAUUAUUUUAAAGUUUAUAAGGGUGAAGCACCCAUGUUAAGAGAGGAAUUGGGUUACUUUACCCAUGUUUCAUAAUUGACCACUCAUUAUUGUUGGUGGUUAUAAUAGUAAUCUAUGGUUAAUAUGUUAUUUGUAUGGUUAAUAUAGGAUACAUGCAAAACUUUCUUCUCAGCAAUUAUCCUUCCACUUUUUAUACAUUUCUGUGGUUUUUCCAAUUUUAAAUACUGAUUGGUUGCUCUGAAAAAGUGUUUUUUAAAAAGAAAAUGGACAUAUAUAAACAGGACUUGUCUGGUAUGGAAGCAUAUGACUGUUGUUUACACAUUUUGAGACUGUUGAUUGUACUGAAUGAAAGAAUACAUCAUCUUUUUUCACUAGCUCAGGUAGUUAGGAUAAAUGUUUUGAUGAGUGAAGUGGUGUUUUUAUAAAAUUAAACCCCGUCAGAAUCAUCUUAUAUUAACACUUUUGUAAUGUUUUGUUUUUUCACAUUUUGUGUAUAUAUAUAUAUAUAGACAUUCACGAAUUGAUUACAAUUAAAAAUGGAUUUUAAAA